AUGGAGACUGGCGCCGGUCCACACCCGCUGCGCCUCUUCGUCUGCCUGAUGCCACUCUGCCUCGCUCUGCUUCUGGGACCCGGGCGGCCCGGGACCGCCGAGGAAGUUAUCCUCCUGGACUCCAAAGCCUCCCAGGCUGAACUGGGUUGGACUGCUCUGCCAAGUAAUGGGUGGGAGGAGAUUAGUGGCGUGGACGAACAUGACCGUCCCAUCCGCACGUACCAAGUAUGCAACGUGCUGGAGCCCAACCAGGACAACUGGCUGCAGACGGGUUGGAUCAGCCGCGGCCGUGGGCAGCGCAUCUUCGUGGAACUGCAGUUCACGCUGCGCGACUGCAGCAGCAUCCCUGGCGCCGCGGGCACCUGCAAAGAGACUUUCAAUGCUUACUACCUGGAGACGGAGGCCGACCUGGGACGUGGGCGUCCCCGCCUAGGAGGCAACCGGCCCCGCAAGAUCGACACUAUCGCAGCUGAUGAGAGCUUCACGCAGGGCGACCUGGGGGAGCGCAAGAUGAAGCUGAACACAGAGGUGCGUGAGAUCGGCCCCCUCAGCCGGCAAGGCUUCCACCUGGCCUUCCAGGAUGUGGGUGCAUGCGUGGCGCUGGUCUCCGUGCGUGUCUACUACAAGCAGUGCCGUGCCACAGUGCGGGGCCUGGCGUCCUUCCCAGCCACAGCAGCCGAGAGUGCCUUUUCCACACUGGUGGAAGUGGCUGGAACAUGCGUGUCCCACUCGGAAGGGGAACCUGGCAGCCCUCCCCGCAUGCACUGUGGCGCCGACGGCGAGUGGCUGGUGCCGGUGGGCCGUUGCAGCUGCAGUGCAGGAUUCCAGGAACGUGGUGACAUCUGUGAAGCCUGUCCCCCAGGGUUUUUCAAGGUGUCCCCAAAGCGGCCCCUCUGCUCACCGUGCCCGGAGCAUAGCCUGGCUCUAGAGAACGCCUCUACAUUCUGCGUGUGCCAGGACACCUACGCUCGCUCGCCCACUGACCCGCCCUCAGCCUCCUGCACCCGGCCGCCGUCCGCGCCACGGGACCUGCAGUACAGCCUGAGCCGCUCCCCCCUGGCGCUGCGGCUGCGCUGGCUGCCGCCUGCCGACUCCGGCGGCCGUUCCGACGUCACCUACUCGCUGCUGUGCCUGCUCUGCGGCCGCGACGGCCCGGCGGGAGCAUGCCAACCCUGCGGGCCACGUGUGGCCUUCGUCCCGCGCCAGGCCGGCCUGCGGGAACGCGCCGCCACGCUGCUGCACCUGCGGCCGGGCGCGCGCUACACCGUGCGCGUGGCCGCGCUCAACGGCGUCUCAGGCCCGGCAGCUGCCGCGGGAGCCACCUACGCGCAGGUCACCGUGUCCACCGGACCCGGGGCACCCUGGGAGGAGGAUGAGAUCCGCAGGGACCGCGUGGAGCCCCAGAGCGUGUCCCUGUCAUGGCGGGAGCCUGUCCCUGAUGGAGCUCCCGGAGCCAAUGGCACAGAGUAUGAGAUCCGCUACUAUGAGAAGGGUCAGAGUGAGCAGACUUACUCCACAGUGAAGACAGGGGCACCGGCUGUCACCGUCACCAACCUGAAGCCUGCUACCAGAUACGUUUUUCAGAUCCGGGCAGCCUCCCCAGGGCCAUCAUGGGAGGCCCAGAGCUUCAACCCCAGCAUCGAAGUGCAGACCCCAGGGGAAGUUGCCUCGGGGUCCAGAGACCAGAGCCCCGCAGUAGUUGUUACUGUUGUGACCAUCUCAGCCCUCCUGGUCCUGGGCUCUGUGAUGAGUGUGCUGGCCAUCUGGAGGAGGCCCUGCGAUGGCAAAGGAAGCGGGGACGCCCACGACGAGGAGGAACUGUAUUUCCACUUCAAAGUCCCGACACGCCGCACGUUUCUGGAUCCCCAGAGCUGCGGGGACCCGCUGCAGGCUGUGCAUCUGUUCGCCAAGGAGCUCGAUGCCAAAAGCGUCACCCUGGAGAAGAGCUUGGGAGCAGGACGAUUUGGGGACCUGUGCUGUGGCUGCCUGCAGCUGCCUGGUCGCCAGGAGCUGCCUGUGGCCGUACACACUCUGAGGGAUGGUUGCUCCGACUCCCAGCGGCUCAGCUUCCUGGCUGAGGCCCUCACCCUGGGGCAGUUUGACCACAGCCAUAUCGUGCGGCUGGAAGGAGUUGUCACCCGAGGAAACCCCUUGAUGAUUGUCACGGAGUACAUGAACCUUGGGGCCCUUGAUGACUUCCUCAGGCAUCACGAGGGGGAGCUGAUGGCCGCGCAGUUGACGGGUCUGCUGCCGGGGCUGGCAUCAGCCAUGAAGUAUCUGUCAGAGAUGGGCUAUGUGCACCGGGGUCUGGCAGCCCGCCGGGUGCUCGUCAGCAGUGGCCUCAUCUGUAAGAUCUCUGGCUUCGGGCGGGGUCCCCGGGACCGAGCAGAAGCUGUCUACACCACCAUGAGUGGCCGGAGCCCAGCACUCUGGGCAGCUCCUGAGACGCUUCAGUUUGGUCACUUCAGCUCUGCUAGUGACGUGUGGAGCUUUGGCAUUGUCAUGUGGGAGGUGAUGGCCUUUGGGGAGCGGCCCUACUGGGACAUGUCUGGACAGGAUGUGAUCAAGGCUGUGGAGGAUGGAUUCCGGCUGCCACCCCCCAGGAACUGCCCCCCCUCGCUGCACCGGCUGAUGCUUGACUGCUGGCGGAAGGACCCAGGUGAGCGGCCCAGGUUCUCCCAGAUCCACAGCAUCCUGAGCAAGAUGGGGCAGGAGCCAGAGCCCUCCAAGUGUGCCGCGAACACCUGCCUCAGGCCUCCCACCCCCCUGGCAGACCGUGCCUUCUCCACCUUUCCCUCCUUUGGCUCUGUGGGUGCCUGGCUGGAGGCCCUGGACCUGUGCCGCUACAAGGACAACUUCUCUGCAGCUGGCUACGGAAGCCUGGAGGCUGUGGCUGAGAUGACCGCCCAAGACCUGGGGAGCCUGGGUAUCUCUUCCGCCGAGCAUCGAGAAGCCCUCCUGAGUGGGAUCAGCGCCCUGCAGACUCGAGUGCUGCAGCUACAGGGCCAGGGGGUGCAGGUGUGAGCAGCUCAAUCCUGCCCAAGGACCUGCAAGCUGCACCCCCCUUGGGUGGGAGGAGCAAGCGCUCUCUUACUCUUAGUGGGCCCUGAGCGGGUUGGUACCACGUUAUCCCCCCAUUUCAUAUCUCCUCUCAACACCUUGCUGACCUAGUGGUCCUACAAAAGAGGUUCAGAUCCCUGGAGAGGACCCCAGAGAUAACAGCGGGAAGAAGUUUAGGGUGUCAAGGGCAAAGCUGGUUGGGGGAAGACAGUCAAUUUUAGUUGUCUUGCCUCAGGCCCCUUGGUCUUCCACGCUCACUGGGGGUUGGGCCUAAUCAGUGGGCAUCUCAUUUCCUCAGAGAGCUUUUAGCCUGCCAGGCAGUAAGGGUCCCUGAGAGAGACCCGUUGGUUGUAGCAGAGGCCACAGCUGCCUGGUCACCUGAGUAUGGGACCCUGGGCUAGUGGGUGGUGUCCCUUAAUUCCUAUGCCUUGGCUAGGUCUGUCUGAACCCUGGUCCCAAGGCCCAAGCAGGAAAGUGGUGCUGAGCUCAGGGACUGGACCCCCCAGGCGGAGACUUCAGAGCUGAUGGCUUCCUGCCUUGGGUUAGCAGGUCAGGGUGAGGGCCAGGUUCCUACUAGGGCACACAAGGUCCUGGUGCUCGCCCUGGGCCUGGCUGUCUCAUUUGUUUGGGAACUGAUUCAGAAGAGCUCAGGGUAGUGGUGGGAGGUGUUGCUCUGCAUUCUGGAAAGUAGAGAGAAGGAGAAAGAGACUGAGGAGGCAGUGGUUUUGACAGUCGGGUUCAACCUCCCUGUACAGAUGGGGAAGUCAGAGCUUAUGAUCUCAGAGCCAGGGUUUGAUGCCAGACCAAAAUCCAGGGAGAAGGCCGACUCUGGAGAGAGCUUGCCCUUCCCCAUGGCACCAGCACCAUUCCCUGCGCAGCCCAGCGACUCCUCACUGGGUGAGUCCCUUCAGGCUGCUCUGCCCCCACACACCAUGCUUCCUCUGUAGAGUGCCUGUGUGUGUGUGUGUGUGUGUGUGUGUGUGUGUGUGUGUGUGUGUGUGUGCGUGUGUGCUGUCCAGAGCCCUUGAAGGAGUGUGGUGCUACCUGACCUAUCUGCAAGGGCCCUGGCAGCUGUGAGAACUUGAGACCAAGACUAUCCUGGGAGGGCAGAGAGGCUGCUGGAUGUGGACAGGACCAUGGGGCCAAAUUUUUCUACAUCAUUCCUGAUGGCUCCCUGCUCUGUUUCUGCUGUGGUAGGGAAGAAGAGGGGCAGCAUGGGCUGGGCCAGCAAGUGGGAGUACAGAGAGGCAGACAGAACACAGUGUGCCGUUGGAGGGAUCAGACUAGGAGCGGAUUCCCCUGGGGGACAGGAAGGAUGGCCAGGUGAACUGUUGACAUGUAUGUGUCAAGGGGUGUCCAGAAGGCUUCUUAGUCUAAGUCAGAACUCAAUAAGGUCUUAAAGGGUAGAGCGUUCUCUCUGUAGGGUGGUUGGAGUUACCAGCAGGCUCAGAAUCCAAGCAAGGAUCUCUAGCAGAGAGUCUGGGGGCCGGAAGCCACAGCAUCUUUGGGGAGUACCCCAUAGGGGGGCCAGUGACUCUCAGCAGUGCCUUUGGCCUUGGUCUGCCAGCAGCAGCUCUUCCCUCAUCAGAGCCUGCCCCAUUUCUGGCUCUCUGCUCCCUGGACACCUGCCUGAGCUCAGUGACUGCAGGAAUGCUGGGGUAGACUGGGAUACUGCACCCACCUUUGACAGACCUGGGGGAACUGAUAGGCCCCCACAGGCUCUUCCUUCAUUCUCCCUCCAGGGAAAACUGGCCCAACAUCCAAGGCUCAUGGGGACCAGUGCCCUGUCUUGGGUGAUCAGAACCUCAUCCCCAUCUCCAGCCACAUCAGUCAUUCUCAAGGUCAAACUCCUCCUCUCCCCAGUUGUCGGCAGAGGGGUCCCUGGUUGUGUUGGCAAGACUUCGGUGUCCAGGGUAGACCUCCCCUCUGAUGAGGAGUGAGGUCCUAGAAUCCUGAGAAGGUCCCAGGCCUCAGCCCUGCACAGCACCAGCAUGAUACAGGGUGCUAGGUCACUGGGGACCCUCCACAGAUCUAUUUUUAUACAUGGAACUUGUUUGCUGGACAGAGAGACGUGGCCUGGAACCCAUAUUGCCCAGUCUGCACCCACCCGGGGAGGGAGGGGCUGGUUGUGGGUGGAGGCUCCUUUGAGGAGCUCUGGAGAUGCUUUUUAUAUUUCUUGGGUUCUAUAUGCAGUACAAAGUAAUAAAAACUUGUCUGUGUUAUGGUC